UUCUCUCUUAUCGCAAAUCUCGAAAUCAUGGAAGAUCAAUCCUCCUUUGCAACACCAUCCACGGAUCCCUACAAGUUACUCGGAAUCGUCCAAAACCCGGACGGCUCACUCACUCGGCAAACUCGUUUCCCUUCGGUUCCUGCAACAGAAGAAACCGGCACCCAGUCCAACAUGUCUCAACUCGCUCUCUUUAAAGAUGUCCCUCUAAACUCCGAGAACGGAACCUUUAUUCGUCUACACAGGCCUCCAACUCCGCCGCCGAACACCGAUAAUAAGCUACCUCUCCUGAUACACUUCCAUGGAGGGGGGUUUAUCCUCUUCAGUGCUACUUCUCUUCCUUUUCACGAUGCAUGCUGUGUGAAGGCGGCUAUGAUCCCAGCCGUACUCAUCUCACUUGAAUAUCGUCUUGCGCCGGAACACCGCCUUCCGGCGGCGUACGACGAUGCGAUGGAAACGAUCACGUGGGUCCGGGACCAAGCGGCGGAUAUCGGCGGUUGUGAUCCGUGGCUAAAAGAGUACGUGGAUUUUUCCAAGUGUUUUUUGUUCGGUUCCAGUGCGGGUGGCAACAUGGUUUUCCAUGCGGCUUUACGUGCAUUGGACGUCGAUAUCUCGCCGGUGAAAAUCAUAGGGCUGAUAAUGAAUCAGCCGUACUUCAGUGGUGUGGAAAGGACUGAAUCGGAGAAAAGACUCUUCAAUGACCGGAUCUUGCCUCUACCGGCUAGUGAUCUCAUGUGGUCCUUGGCUUUGCCGGACGGAGCCGACCGCGAUCAUGAGUUCUGCAAUCCGAUGGCCGCUGAUGAGUCGCUUAUGGAGAAGAUUGGACGGCUGCCACGGUGCUUGGUGUCUGGCCACGGCGGCGAUCCACUGUUCGACAAGCAGAGGGAGUUGGUGGAAAUGCUGGAGGCGCGUAGGGUGGAUGUGGUGGCGGAGUUCGCCGAAGGAGGUUGUCAUGGGAUUGAGAUUUUUGAUCCGUUGAAGGCGAAAGCUCUGCUUCAGAACAUCAAGGAAUUUGUCAACACUACCUGUCUUUGUGUUAAUGUGGCUGCUGCCAAAUCAACCUUGUGAGGCUGCCAU